AUGUCUGCUGAACUCGUUCAAACCUUCGGUAAGAAGAAGACUGCUAUUGCCGUUGCCCAAUGUAGAAAGGGUCAAGGUCUCAUCAAAGUUAACGGUACUCCACUCGAACACAUCCAACCAGAAAUCUUGAGAUUCAAGCUUUUCGAACCUGUUCUCUUGUUGGGUAAGGAUAAAUUCAAGGGUGUUGACAUCAGAAUCAGAACCAGAGGUGGUGGUAAGGUUUCUCAAGUCUAUGCUAUCAGACAAGCUAUCUGCAAGGGUCUCGUCUCUUACUAUCAAAAGUAUGUUGAUGAAGCUCAAAAGAGAGAAAUCAAGCAAGCUUUGUUGGAAUUCGAUAGAUCCCUCCUCGUUGCUGAUCCAAGAAGAAGAGAACCAAAGAAGUUCGGUGGUCGUAAGGCUAGAGCUCGUUUCCAAAAGUCAUACAGAUAAAUGUUUCACUCUACCAUACGGUAUGGGUGCACCACAAUAAAUUCAAAAAAAUUAUU